AUGCCCCUCAGCAUGGCUGCGACGGAUCCACAGAACGGGAAAUUAGCCGCGUGGGUGCCUGAUGAACCUCAAGCGGAAGGCGUCGAAGACUUGUUUGAAGUCAUUACUCUCGCAAAUGAAGCGGCAGUAAUGGAGUGCGAGUCCGCGCAAUUCAUCGUCAAAGCAGGAACGGACCAAACGGCCACUGAUGGCACUAUCUGUCGAAUAGCUGUUGUUACAGAGCCAACUCAACAUCUGUGGAAGCUGCACGUAUCUUUGUCCCAUGCGGUGGCAGACUCCCAGACGCUUUACAUGGUGUACAGAAUGUUGGAUGAACGCGCCGAGGUACGACCGCUGGAAGUCGAGCGGGUGAGUUUCAAUCCAGUUACGUGCUUGGGGCAAGUUCCAUUUCACGGCAAAUGGCUGUUCUUUAUCGUCAGACGCUUCGGCUUCUUCUUGACAGGUUUGUUCAAGGACACCAGGCAGGCCAGGCCGGUGAUUCGAGUCAGGUAUGUGCGGGAGGAGUGGCUCCGGGAACAGAAAAGCAAGCACAUUGCUGAAGUGGAUGCUAUGUAUGUUUCUUCUAGCGACUUGCUGACAUCAUGGUUCCUUUCCGUGACUCAGCCGGCCUGUGGUGUUAUGGCCAUGGACAUGCGGGAUCGGAUGCCUGGAUUGGGCAAGGCCCAUGCUGGAGUCUACACCACGCUCUUAAUGUUCUAUCCUGAGGAGUACAAAUCGGCUGCCAACAUUCGGCGCUCCUGGUUCAAGCUCGCGUUUCGCAUUCGAACACUCGCAAUGUGCACGGUAUCGGGCGAGGAGCUGCCACCAGGUCCACUGGGGGAGGCGCUCCAAGGCUGCAAACAGCAGAAAAUGAUUCUCAUUCCGAUCGACGAGAGAAGGGUCGAGGACGAAGAUGGACGAAGCCUACACCUGUUUGCGCUGGCAGCAUUUGUGCUCGAGUCAGCCUUCGUCUCCGAGCGUCCUCUCAGUUCCGCCAGUGCCUCCACCGAUCUCUUUCCAGCGGCCCACUUGCCCCGCUACCACCAGCUGUUGGACCAGAGGGCGCAACAGGACCCCGCGCCCGGGCGAUCAUUGAGCAAGGCUGCUUUGCGCUGUGGCGACGAGUCCUACGACGACUCAGAUUUGCAACAUCUUUCGAAUGGUGUCGCAAGCCUUCUGCGUGUCUUCGAGUGCAAGGUGAUCGCAGCGCACAUGGAGGACGACAACAUCUUCUUGGCCCCUCUCCUGCUGGGAGUGCAGAAAGCCAACGCGAUUUUGCUUCCUCUGCGCACCUCCUGGGAUGGUGCCAAGGUGGAACGCAUGUUGCAGGAGUCGAGUGCAUCCCUGGUCGUCACGGGUGACCUUCCGACCAUGUCGCGAUAUAACUUGUCUUGUCCAGUGACGGUUCUGUCCGCCAGCGAAAUGGAAGCGACAGCACUGAGUCUUGCUCGUCAAGGAGGGCUCGUCAUCGAACAGGCAACCCAGCAUGAGUGCUACUAUGCGGAUGGAGGUGCCGGGGGAGGCACCGUUCCUGUGAGUCACCAGAUGUUCGUGAAUCACUGCAAUCGAAUGAUCAAGGAUUUUGCCAUUGGCGCAGAUGCUCGUGCAAUCUACUGCAGCGAUGGCAUUGACACCUUUAUCAACGAGGUCUUUCCGGUCCUCAUGGCGGGCGGCUGUGUGGAUAUUCUGCCAGAAGACGGACAGGCCAAGCAGGCGGCGUUGGCGCGCGCAAUGUCGGAGGGCUCCGUGACCCACAUGGCCGGAAACGAAUCCAGGCUCGACUCGAUCAAGAGUGUUCUGGCCGGCAGCAUUCGCAUCAGCGCGGGCAAGGUACAUCAUCUGCUCGGUCCGACUGUGCACAUGUUGAGAGGCGAUCGCUGCUCUCUGAAGAGAUCGGAGGCAUACGGCACCAGUACAGUGGAGGCUUUGUACGCCCCCCACGAGGGUGAUGAAAG